GCAUUGGGCAUCACGCCGUGGUUUGCAUCGGGCUGGUGGUCCCCAUCCCCCCAUCAGGGCGGUUGCCUCAGUUUCCCCCGGGGCUUCCCCUGGGCUUCCCUGGGGCAGAAAGAAGGGAGGAGGAGGAAGAGGAAGAGGAAGACUCACAUAGCCUGCGAGACCACUCAGGCUGCCUCUGCUUGCCCCACUCUGCAUGCCACCUCCCCAGCAAGCAUCUGCAAAGCAAACCCCAACCCACAGCCCCGCUCCCCACACUUUUCCCCUUCCCCCGAUAUCCAUCUAGCUCCUGGCUUCAUGGAGGUGUGGUGCUGGCUCCAGCCCAGGGCUGUCGGCGGGCCAGGUUGAAGGCAGCUGCCUGCAGGCUCAGGCAGACACAUGGCAGCAGAUCCUUUUUGGGGAGCUCCCAGAGGGUGUGCAGGAUGCCAGUGGGGUACCACAGGGCCAUGCAAGUCUCUCCCACCGAAGGAGGGCACAGUGCUACCCCUGCCUCAGUUUCCCCACUUCCUAGCCAUAGGUGCAUUUCAGGCUGCAGACUUAGGGGGAGGAUAGUUGGGGCUUCUACCCUUUCUGGAGACCACCAUGUCCCGCAGGCUCAGCUCACCCUCCCGCCAUGGCAUCGCCAGACGGAGCCAGCGGCAUGGGCGGCAGCCCCGAGGAGACAGAGCUCAGCAUCACCCUGACCCUCCGCAUGCUCAUGCACGGCAAGGAGAUCGGCAGCAUCAUCGGCAAGAAAGGAGAGACUGUUAAGAGGAUACGAGAGCAGAGCAGCGCGCGCAUCACCAUCUCGGAGGGAUCCUGCCCCGAGCGCAUCACCACCAUCACCGGCUCCACCGACGCCGUCUUCCGCGCUGUCUCCAUGAUCGCCUUCAAGCUGGAGGAGGACCUGGGAGCAGGGAGUGAUGGGGCAGCAGCAGGCAGAGCGCCGGUGACACUGCGCCUUGUCAUCCCGGCCAGCCAGUGCGGCUCGCUCAUUGGCAAGGCUGGAGCUAAGAUCCGGGAGAUCCGGGAGAGCACGGGGGCACAGGUGCAGGUGGCCGGCGACCUGCUGCCCAACUCCACUGAACGGGCCGUCACUGUCUCGGGGGUGCCAGACACCAUCAUCCAGUGCGUGCGGCAGAUCUGCGCUGUCAUCCUGGAGUCGCCUCCGAAGGGGGCCACCAUCCCCUACCACCCUGGCCUCUCCCUGGGCACCAUCCUACUCUCUGCCAACCAGGGCUUCUCCAUGCAGGGCCAGUACAGCGGGGUCUCUCCUGCGGAGGUGACGAAGCUGCAGCAGCUGUCAGGCCACACACUCCCCUUCGCCUCCCUGGGCCACGCACCCUCCAUGGUGCCAGGUCUGGACGCCAGCUCCCAGAGCAGCUCCCAGGAGUUUCUGGUGCCCAACGACCUCAUCGGCUGCAUCAUUGGCCGACACGGCAGCAAGAUCAGCGAGAUCCGGCAAAUGUCAGGCGCCCACAUCAAGAUCGGGAAUCAGACCGAGGGCUCCAGCGAGCGGCACGUGACCAUCACAGGGUCCCCUGUCAGCAUCACCCUGGCUCAGUACCUCAUCACAGCCUGCUUAGAGACGGCCAAAUCUACCUCCCAGGCGCCGCCGGGCCCUGGCUCCAUGGACCUCGGCAUGGGUUUCUCCCAGCCCCUCACCCCUGGCUCUGGUGCAGCACUGCCCGCCGUCGCCCCGGCCCCCCCAGCCCUGCUGGGCACCCCCUACACCAUCUCCCUCUCCAACUUCAUCGGCCUGAAGCCGGUGUCCUUCCUGGCGCUGUCCCCAUCCUCUGUGGCGGGUCCCAAUGGCGGCACUGCCACCUACACGACCAAGAUCUCAGCGGCCAACGGCACCAAGAAAGCCGACCGGCAGAAGUUCUCACCCUACUGAGCCCCGCUGGCGGGUGGGUGAGGGGCUCUGGAGUGUCACCCGGUGCCAGGGACACCUCCCCGCCACCCAC